UCACUCAUUUUGAAUCUCUUCCCCGAAUCCAUGGUUAAGCGCACUGUAUCUGAUUCUUUCAUUCUUUCGAAAAGUUCUCCUCCGCACGACACCAAGCGAUCCAAGUCGGAAGAAGAUGCUAAGGGGCCGGCCAAAGGUGAGGAUGCUAACGCGCCGCCGGCCAGAGAUGCUGCUAAAGGGAAGUCGAAUAGGAUACCCAAAUUACACAUACGGAACGGGCUGGUGCUGCAGCAGCCGGAUUCUGGGAAUCCAUGGGGAAAACUCAUAUCUCAGUGUUCACAGAAUUCCCAUGUUAUUCUGCAUCUCCCUACUUUAAGUGUUGGUAAAAGCGAGCGAUGUGGCUUGUGGGUCAUAGAUCCAGCAGUCAGUAAGUCGUUGUGUAGUCUGAAGCACAUUGAAACUGAGAGAGGGGUUUCGGAAACAGUGCUUGAAAUCAUUGGGAAAAAAGGAUAUGUUCAAGUCAAUGGAAAGGCUUACGUUGAAAAAUCCAUCAUCUUUAUAAAUGGAGGUGAUGAGAUUAUCUUUAGCUCAAAAACUAAACAGGCUUACAUUUUCCAACUCCUUACCAAAACUGGUGAAUUGACAACUAGCGUGCACCCUUCAGUAAGUAGCUUAGAAGCUCAUGGUGGAUCCAAACAGGGAUUGCAUAUUGAGGCUAGAUCAGGUGCCGUUGCCUCAACUCUGGCCCCCCUCUCACAUCCUAAUGAUGAAUUGUCUCUUAUUCCACCAUCAUCUCGGAAUGGCGAGGAGGUGCAACAAGGGUCUGAAAUUCCAUCAGUGCCUUCUACUUGCAGAGUGUCAGACAAUUGUAUCCUUGAUACCGGCCCAUCAGCUUCUGAGUUUAAUAAGAAACACAGAGAUCAAAUAAAGGGUUCUCCUCCUCCCAUUCCACAGUCUUCAGGACGUAAAAAAUUUAUAGAGGGCUUAUGGAAAUGUUUAGUAGAUGUGACAGAUCUGGGUGUUUCAUUCGAGAAGUUUCCCUAUUAUCUAAGUGAGACCACCAAGAAUGUCCUUGUAGCUUCGUCAUACAUACAUUUGAAGUGUCCGAACAUGGUGGAGCUUAUUUCAGAACUCCCUGCGGUGUGCCCAAGAAUUUUGUUGUCAGGUCCAGAAGGUUCAGAAAUGUAUCAGGAUACAUUGACUAGGGCACUUGCUAAUUUUUUUGGUGUGAGACUCCUUAUUGUCAACAAGAUUAUGUUAUCUGGUGGGGGAUUAACUAAGGAAGUUGAAUCCCCAAAAGAAAGUUCAGAGCCUGAGAGAGCUACUGUGUUUGCUAAGCGAACAACUGCUGAUGUAGACCUUACGAAACCAGCGUCGAGUGUGGAUGCUGCUAUAGCCUCUUCUGCGCAGUCUAAGGACGAAGCAUCUACUGCUACGUCAAAGAACUGCGCUUUCAGAAAAGGUGAUAGAGUAAGGUUUGUUGGCAAUUUAGUAGCAUUUGGCAUUUCUCCCGGUCAAUUUCCAAUUAGGAGUCCAAAAUAUGGUUCCAGUGGCAAGGUGGUUCUUGUAUUUGAAGGUAAUGGCUAUUCUAAAAUUGGGGUUAGAUUCAAUAGAGUAGUUCCCGAAGGUAAUGACCUCGGGGGCCUUUGCGAAGGAGAUCAUGGUUUUUUUUGUUCGGCUGGCUCACUAAGUCUUGAAAGUUCAAAUGACGAUGACAUUGAUGAGCUUGUCAUAAAUGAUCUCUUUGAGGUUGCUUCCAUGGAAAGUAAAAAGGGUUCGUUAAUUUUGUUUUUCAAAGACAUCGAGAAAUUGAUGAUUAGGGAUUUGACGGCAUUUACAGCCUUUAGAAUGAAGCUCGAAGCUUUGCCAGAAAAUGUUGUUGCCAUAGCUUCGCGUACUCAGAUGGACACCCCAAAGGAAAAACCUCCACCUCUCUUGCUUCUCGCAAAGUUAAACCAAACAGGAUUCUUGGACAUGCAUUCUGUAGGGGAUAAGUGUAAAUUGCAAGACAAAAACCAAGAGGCCCCAAAAAGUAUGAAGCAGCUCAGUCGUCUUUUCCCAAACAAAGUGACAGUACAUAUUCCUCAGGAUGAAGAAAUGCUGGAGGACUGGAAACAAAUGCUAGAUCGAGAUGCCAAGACAAUGAAAUCACAGGAAAAUAUUGCCCUUAUACGCUCGGUUUUAAGUCGGUUUAGAUAUGUUUGCCCUGAUUUGGAAACAUUGUGCAUUAACGAUCAAGCUUUGUCCAGUGAAAAUGUUGAAAGAGCUAUCGGAUGGGCUUUGACUCAUCGCAUCAUGUACUACACUCUACCAAAAGUCACAGAUACAUCAAUUGUCAUUCAAAGUGCAAGUAUCAAAUAUGGGCUCGACAUUCUACGCGGCACCGAAGACGGAAACCAGAGUUUAAAAAAAUCUCUCAAGGACGUGGCUACUGAGAAUGAAUUCGAGAAAAGGCUCCUUGCUGAGGUCAUUCCACCCGGUGACAUUGGUGUUAGUUUCGACCACAUUGGAGCAUUGGAGAAUGUGAAGGAAACUUUGAUGGAAUUAGUGAUGCUACCUCUGCAAAGGCCAGAACUGUUCAACAAAGGACAACUUAGAAAACCUUGUAAGGGAGUAUUGCUCUUCGGGCCUCCUGGCACGGGUAAAACAAUGCUUGCAAAAGCUGUUGCAACGGAAGCAGGUGCAAACUUCAUCAACAUAUCUACGUCUAGCAUUACCUCAAAGUGGUUUGGUGAAGGGGAGAAAUACGUGAAAGCAGUCUUCACUUUGGCCAGCAAAAUAUCGCCCAGUGUUAUAUUUAUUGAUGAGGUUGACAGUAUGUUAAGGAAACGGGAAAGCCGAGGAGAACAUGAGGCGAUGCGUAAAAUCAAAAAUGAAUUUAUGGUUAACUGGGACGGCUUGCGUACAAAGGAUAAGGAACGAGUGCUAGUACUUGCUGCAACAAACAGGCCUUUUGAUCUCGAUGAGGCAGUAAUAAGGAGGCUUCCCAGAAGGUUGAUGGUCAGUCUGCCCGAUGCUCAAAAUAGGGACAAAAUCUUAAAGGUGAUAUUAGCCACAGAAGAGCUAGGUCCAGAUGUGAAUCUCAAAGCAGUAGCUCAAAUGACCGAGGGGUAUUCGGGAAGUGAUCUAAAGAAUCUUUGUGUGGUGGCUUCAUAUUACCCGAUAAGACAACUUUUGGAGGAGGAGAAGCAGGAAAAAGCUUUGGCACUGGCCGAGAACAGACCAUUGCCUUCAUUGCACAGUUCAGACGUUCGAAGGCUGACUAUGGAUGACUUCAAAAAAGCACAUGCACAGGUAUGUUCUAGUGUUUCAUCGGAAUCACAAAACAUGACCCAGCUUCAACAGUGGAACGAACUAUACGGGGAAGGUGGAACGAGAAAGAAGACACAACUUAGCUACUUCUUGUAGGGGAAGAAACAACAUUUGUAUAUAAUAUCUAGGUAGAUUUGGUUUUUUCUCCAUCCCUAACCUAAUCAUUGGUAAUUUUGUCACACCACUAGAUAAGAAGAGUAAUUCUACUGAUUUUUCCUUCAUCUUUACCUGUAUAGUCUUGUUUGAUUCAAUAAAUUCCAAAUUUACUUCUCUUCA